UUGGAUCUAUCCUUUGAUUUUUGAUUCGCAAAAAGAUACAGCAAGAGAGCAUCAGUUCGUACGGAACUGUCGAUUAGAUCACAUCGCGCCGCGUUCGAUAUGGCCCACCAGGUUCAGUAUUUCAACCAUAAAGACGGCGAGUACGUGCCAGCCUCGAAGGAGUAUACCGAAAAAGGGCAAACGUCUCGGAAAUGGGAAGAGUUUGUUGUUAAAGUGGUGAAAGUGGUGCUGCUGUUUUUCCCUACGCUGAUCAUGGAGUGGUACAAGAUUCUGUUGGGCAAAAAGAAAUCCGUUAAGGGACAGAUUGCCUUGGUAACCGGAGGGGGGAAUGGACUCGGAAGGGCACUGUGCCUGCGAUUGGCCAAGGAAGGAUGCCAUGUGGCCGUGGCCGAUAUCGAUGUGAUAGCUGCCGAAAGAACGGCGGCCGAAAUUCGCAGGCUUGGACUCAAGUCGGCAGCGUUCAAGGUUGACGUUGGUGAGCAACGGUCCGUUGAGCAGCUGAGGAUUGACGUCGAAACAGCACUGGGUCCAGUGGAUAUUUUAGUAAACAACGCUGGACUGCUGGCAAUGUUGUCACUCUCGGAGGGUACCACCGAGGAUGUGCAACGAAUCAUCGAUGUGAACUUUACCUCGCACAUUUGGACAAUCCGCGCCUUCAAGGACGGCAUGAUGGAGCGCCGUCGAGGACAUAUCGUGGCAGUAUCAUCUACAUUCGGUAUCGUCCCGUUUGGACGCACCGUAUGUUACAGUGCUACCAAGUUCGGCGUGCGUGGUCUGAUGGAAGGUCUCAACGAGGAGUUCUACAUGAACGGCUACGAAAAAGACAUCUUCGUGACGUGUGUCUAUCCGGGCUUCGUAGCCACCAGAAAGGAGUUUAUGGAAUACCUCGAGCAGAUUGGCUGUCGGGCUCCGAUUCACACACCGGAUGAGGUUGCGGAUGUGGCAAUCAAUGCAGUUUUGCGGAACCGUUGCGAGAUUAUUACCUCUCCGUUGUACAUGCAAAUCAUGAUCAAGCUUAACGCCCUAUUCCCGAACGAACUGACCCGACUGAUGCUAGGAUUGUUCGUCGAUAAGGUGCCACAGUUGACCGUGCGGGAGGAGGAGGAGGAGGAGUGA